AUGUCCCAACAAAUUGUGACGUUCUACAAUGGUUUCAAGUAUCCCAUUUUGGGUCUAGGAACUUGGAAGACUCAGCCUGGCCAAGCGACGCAAGCCGUAAAGGACGCUAUCGACGUUGGAUACCGACACGUCGACUGUGCCGCAGCUUACGAAAAUGAAAAAGAAGUGGGGGCAGCUAUCGCAGCAAAAAUCAGAGAAGGUGUUAUCAAACGAGAGGAUAUUUUCGUCACUAGUAAACUAUGGAACACCAAACACCGGCCCGAACAAGUGGAAGCUGCCCUGAAAAAUACCUUGAACGAUCUUGGUCUUGAAACACUUGACCUUUACUUAAUGCAUUCACCAAUGGCUUUCAAAGAUAUCGGUGAACGUUUCCCAAAAGAUGCUGAUGGUAAUGUGCUCAUCGAGGACACGGAUUAUGUGGAAACAUGGCGUGCCAUGGAGCGUCUAUUAGAGAAGGGACUCGUGAAGAAUAUCGGCGUUAGCAACUUCAAUUCCGAGCAGAUAGAACGAUUAAUAAAAUCUUGCAAAGUUAAACCGGUGACGAAUCAAGUGGAGUGUCAUAUUUACUUAAAUCAGAAGAAACUUUCAGAGUUUUGUAAAGCCAGAGGGAUUACAAUCACCGCUUACACUACCUUCGGAGCGCCGGAUAGACUAUUCGCAGACCCGAAUGAUCCACUAUUACUGGAAGAUCGUAAAAUUAAAGAAAUCGCCGCUAAAUACAAAAAAACUUCCGCGCAGAUUGUACUACGACAUCAAAUACAACAUGAGCACUUGGUUAUCCCCAAAUCGGUAACAAAAUCGAGGAUGCAGGAAAACUUGAAUGUCUUCGACUUUGAGUUAAGUCCAGAGGAUAUGAGCACGAUUGAUAGUUUGGACUGCAAUUUUAGAUACUACAAUAUAACCAUGCUUAAACAUCACAAGUAUUACCCACAUAAUAUAGAGUUCUAA